CCCCAUGUCGUUUGUUUCCUUCGUCCGUUUCUUUACGAGUCUUUAUGGGUAUUAAAAAAAAAUGAUCGGCAACUACUACUUCAUGGUGUACUUCGAUCGAUCUCAAUCCAAGAACAAAAAAAAAAAAGAAACCGAACCCUCUCUUGAUAGGGUGAGUGUGCGACGCAAGCAACAAGGAAGAAAAAAACGAUCGUGUGUAUUGGGAGGAGGAGGCAGCGACGAACCUAGAAGAGAGGGGGUAGAGAGCUGCGAUUUUGGAUCAAUUUUGGGUCUAGGAAUCAUCAUUGGGGCAAGGGUGAUACUUCAACCAAUACAAUAUUUGAAGUGUGAGUUGGUCAUAUUUUUGGCAAAGGUAGCUUGACAUGAUGCCUUGGUGAGGAUGGGAAUCUUUGGGUAGUAUAAUUUAGUAUCUUUAGUUAUGAUACCAUUUGGACAUGUUGGG